ACAGAGGCAAACAAUGCCGCUGCGGCCCCGCCCCGCGCCCCCCGGGUGGAUCCAGGUCAUCUCGGGCUGUUUUUCUCUGCAGGUUGCUUUCUGGAGAGCAGGUGGGAGGGCUGCUCACCUCUUUUCCAGAGCUCUGCGGGGUGAGCCUGUUUGAGAACAGCCUGUAGGUGCAGACCAGCAGCCCUGCUCCCCUCUGCCCGCCGAGGAGGUGUCUUCCACCCUGUGGAGAACAAAGGGUGUGCUCUCUGCUAGCGCCACAGUGGACAAAACUGUGCUCUGCCGAGGAAGAUAAGCUCAUAGCCACCUUUUCCUUGACUGUAGCUUUUAAAGCUAGGCAGAAGGCCCACACAUUCAUUCACUCAUUCAUUCAUUCAUUCAUUCACUCAUUCAUUCAUUCACUCAUUCAUGUGUUCAACAAAUAUUGAUAAGUAUAGUCUCAGGGGAUACUUAGGUGCAAGACAAAAUUCCUACUUAUAAGUAGCUAAAAUUACUUUUGCUAUUUUCGCUAAACAGCAAAAGUAAUUUUACUUUGUCACUUGCCAUCUCAUGGCAGUAUAUAUGGGGGGGGUUAUAGAAAUAAGAUAAUCACAAAAUAAGAUAAGGAUGAAGGCUAUGAAGGCAGGAUAAACUAAGACCUGAAUGAUAUAACCCAGUGGCCCAUUUGAGAGGUGAACUGGAAAGAGGGCUCCAAGGCCAGGAGAGCAGCAAAGACCUGAGGUUUGAGAGGAGCGCCCCUCCUGAGUGUCGCAAACGAAAACAAAAGUGGGCUGCCUCGCCAAAGUGACAUCCUGGGCCUGCAUCAGACAAUGCUUUUCUCUGGGCCAUCAGAGCUUUGGAGAAGUGGCCUCUGUUCUGAGCCCAUCUAGCCCUGCUCCACUAACCUGGGGCAAGCUGCUUCCCCUUUCGGGGCCUCAGUUCCCUCAUGUGUAAGAAGAACCUGCAGUGAACCUCAUCUAUUCUCCUCUCCCACCCAUCUGCCAGUGCUAAGUCCCUUCCAUACCCAAACUUGGGAGGGUCCUGGAAUCCCCAGGGUUCCUGAAGGCUGGUUCAGGGAGACAAAGUGGGGAGGAAAUAGACACUUUCUGAGAAGAGGCAGUGAGGGAUCCUGGACCUUCAGAAGGUCGGUUGGUGUUAUGGAGAUGUGACUGGUUCUUGCAGGGAUGGGUUCCCCUACAAGGGCCUGUGGGGGCACUGCAUACCUCUGACCCCUGGGCCCUCCUUCCCUGCCAGCCUGCACAGUCCUCUGCAGUGGAGCACACUGCAAAGAUGGGAUUUAAAAGUUUCACCAAGAUCGACACCAAUCAUUCACUCAUUCAAUAAACAUAUUUUAAGUACCCAUGGUUUGUAAAACACUCAGUAGAUGUGAAAAUCAUACCACCAAAGGAAAUUUUGAGAUUCUGUUCCAAAUACCUGGUCCAACUAGUGUCUGUAUGACUUUGAGUGGAUUAUUUCUCCUCUCAAACCCUCAGUUUUGACAUCUCUAAAAAGGGAGUUAGACCCUCGGAUGCGGGCCCUGCGGGGCGGGGCGGAGGAGCGGCGAGCACCCUCCUCUCUGCCGGCCUCUGCGCGCCGGGCCGCCUCUCCUUCCGCCGGGGCCGCGGGGCCUCAUGGAAGCCCCGGAGGGCGGUGGAGGGGGUCCUGCAGCGCGGGGCCCCGAGAGGCAGCCGGCGCCCGAAGCCAGGGUGCACUUCCGAGUGGUGAGUUUCAUCAUGGAGGCAGGUGUCAAGCUAGGGAUGAGGUCCAUUCCCAUUGCCACUGCUUGCACCAUUUACCAUAAGUUCUUUUGCGAUACCAACCUGGACGCCUAUGAUCCUUACCUGAUUGCUGUGUCUUCCAUUUACUUGGCCGGCAAAGUGGAAGAGCAGCACCUGCGGACUCGUGACAUCAUCAGUGUGUCCAACAGGUACUUUAACCCAAGCGGUGAGCCCCUGGAAUUGGACUCCCGCUUCUGGAAGCUCCGGGACAGCAUUGUGCAGUGUGAGCUUCUCAUGCUGAGAGCUCUGCGCUUCCAGGUCUCCUUCCAGCAUCCACACAAGCACCUGCUCCACUACCUGGUUUCCCUCAAGAACUGGCUGAACCGCCACAGCUGGCAGCGGACCCCGGUUGCCGUCACUGCCUGGGCCCUGCUGCGGGACAGCUACCACGGGGGUCUGUGCCUCCGCUUCCAGGCCCAGCACAUCGCGGUGGCGGUGCUCUACCUGGCCCUGCAGGUCUACGGAGUUGAGGUGCCCGCCGAGGUUGAGGCUGAGAAGCCGUGGGGGCAGGUGUUUGGUGACGACCUUACCAAGCCGAUCAUUGAUAAUAUUGUGUCUGAUCUCAUUCAGAUUUACACCAUGGACACAGAGAUCCCCUAAGGUCCUGGCCCAGGCCUGCCCAAAGAGAAGCCCAGGAUGGUCGGCUGCCUGGGGACAUUGCCACCACGUCGCCAUGACGGCUGGUCCCCAAAGGACCAGCUGGGAGGACUGGUUGUGCUGCUGGAGAAGGGCUGGAGAAGGCGAUGGCAUGUUGCCGCUUUGACAGUCCCUAGCAGUCGCGGUCCAGGUGGAUGGGAGCCGCGCCUCCAGCCGGCAGGCCGGGAGUGCACUGUGCGCAGCUGACCCAAGGCAGCCACAUCUGCUUUUGUCCUUUGAGAGGGCUCUGACUACAAUAGAGGCAUGACAUCAAUGAAAGGAAAAUCAUGAAAUCGAUGAGACUGAAUCCCUAGGGAUUUUUUAAAAGCCAGAUCUAUAGCGAGAAUGAAUGUGCAACACGGCUGAAAUCUAUUUUGUGUAAUAAAAAGUGAUGCAAGUCAAAAAAAAUAAAAUAAAAAGGGAGUUAAAGUAUUUGCUUCAUGGCCAGGUGCGGUGGCUCACACCUGUUAAUCUCAGCACUUCUGGAGGCUGAGGCAGGCGGAUCACUUGAGGUCAGGAGUUCGAGACCAGCCCGACCAACAUGGUGAAACCCUGUCUCUACCAAAAAUACAAAAUUAGCCAGGCAUGGUGGCUCAUGCCUGUAAUCCCAGCUACUUGGGAGGCUGAGGCAGGAGAAACGCCUAAACCUGGGAGGCGGAGGUUGCAGUGAGCCGAGAUUGCGCCAUUACACUCCAGCCUGGGCAACAAGAGUGAAACUCCAUCUCAAAAAAAAAAAAGUAUUUGCUUCACAUGGUAGCUGUCAAGAUGAAAUGAAAUAGUAUAUAUAAAAUGUUUUGCACAGUACCUGACACAUAGUAAACAAUAAAUGUUAGCUAUUUUAACCAUCAUUGUCAUUAUCUUCAUCAUUAUAAGGGAAAUUUAAAAAAAGGAAACAAACUCAUAUCUUUAGCCUAGACCUGUCCCCUAACUGCAGACUUGAAUAACCAUUAGCUUCCUUGACAUUUCC